GCGGGGCCGCGGUGACUCCGCCGACGCGACCGCCUCCUCCGCGCGCGCUCGCAGCACGGUUACCCCGACUCUCUGCCCCUCCUUCCCGCGGCGCUCGAGGGACCAUGGCCGAUCCUCGCGUGAGACAAAUCAAGAUCAAAACCGGCGUGGUGAAGCGAUUGGCCAAAGAAAAAAUGAUGUAUGAAAAAGAAGCAAAACAACAAGAAGAAAAGAUUGAAAAAAUGAAAGCUGAAGAUAGUGAAAAUUAUGCCCUUAAAAAGCAGGCAGAGAUCCUGCAAGAGUCCCGGAUGAUGAUCCCAGAUUGCCAGCGCAGGUUGGAAGCUGCAUAUACUGAUCUUCUGCAGAUAUUAGAGAAUGAAAAAGAAUUGGAAGAAGCUGAGGAAUAUAAAGAAGCACGUUUAGUUCUGGAUUCAGUGAAGUUAGAGGUCUGAAGCUUUUUUGUACAGGGUGCUUUUUUGCAAUUAAUCCUGGGAUUCAUUCCACAAUUAAUUAGUUUUGACCACUGCUGUGUGUUCAAGUAGGAUGAGAAUGUGAUUCUUUUUAUGCAGUUGCUUAUAUUUUUCUUUGCCUAAUUUAAUGUGUCAAAUAAAUGAAUUCGUCUAAUAAAAUUGUUUAUUUUAUACUUUUUUACAAAAUAUUUUAAUUAACCUUUCAUUAUUAAAUCACAGACUUUUUUGACACAAUUAAAAUCUGUUCGGUUGGUUCAUAAGCGUGGCUUGAGUUAAAAACAGGUAUCGGUACCAUUUUAUUUUUUUAGACAAAAAUCCAAAAAAAGAUUUUUUUGGAAUUUUAUUAUUUUUAUUCACUGUUGUACCUAUAAUAACAAUGCCUGGCAUAGGGAAAAGAAGUAAAAAUAAUACAUAUUUGAAAAAUAAAUAAUACAUAUUUGGUGAAUAAAUGCAUGAACUAACAUCA